AUGAGCUCUGAAUUUUCUCUCGCCAAAGAGAUUGAAAAAGUUUUGGCCAAGAACAGAGGUGCUACCGAUGACGAAGAGCAAGAGGCUGUUGAUUCGUGCGACAGCAUUUCUGAAAAUGAUGAGUUUGAAUAUGAUGAAGAAUGUGGAGAGGAAGAAGAGGAAGAAGUCGUUGAAAUUUCGGAAAAUGAAAUGUUGGCUCUUUUGGAUGCUGAGAGGGAUCCCUUUGAAGUUUGUUCUCAAAUAUUCGAUAAAGAGAAAUUAUUCGGAGAUGAACACCCUGAGGGUGAAAUAAUUGUUUCUCCAAAUUUGACCAUUAAACAUCUCAGAGAAUUGCAUCAGAAAGGAUUUGUUGUUAUUGAUAAUUUCAUUGAAACAGAGGAAGCAAAUGAAAUUUAUUCACUAACAAAGAGAAUUGCUCAUACAUUUAAGCCGGCAUGCGAGUUGAAAAAAUCGAUCGAGGACUCUUGUGAUGACAAAUUUAGAGAUAACCUGGCAAGAUCUGACCUUAUCAAGUGGCUUCAUCCAAAAGAUUUCACUACGAACGACAAUUCUUCGUCAUCCUACUGCUCUCAUUGCACUGAUAAUGAGGAAGACAUCAUUCUCUGGAAAAACAACCAUACUCUUAGAAACAUUGUUCUUAACAAAUUCAAAGUCAUCCAACAACGCCUCCAUGAGUUCGCUCCAUGCAUUAAACGUGAGGAUGAGGGUAUGGAGCUAAUGUGGUCGCUCUAUAGAGAAACUGGCACUUUUUAUGAAAAACACAGAGACUCAUUCCCAAGUAAUGGCAAGGAUGAAGGACCUCUAGAUCAAAGAAAAGUAACUGCUUUACUCUACCUUAAUACUGAAUGGGUUGACGAAAAUGAUGGAGGAAUGUUAAGAGUGUUUGUAAAGCCAGAAAACCAUUCCAAGCAUACAGAAAGAAUUACUAAGGAGAUUAAUCCAAUAGCUUGUCGCUUGGUACUGUUUUUGAGUGGAGCUGUAGAUCAUGAAGUCUUGAAAUCGUUCAAAGACCGUGUAGCUCUCACUUCAUGGUUCUCGUAA